GAGAGGAGCAAAGUUUGCGAACAAUACCGGGAAGCGAGAGGAGCCCCGCAGCUCUCGGCGCGCGACCCGGCGCGGGCUGCAACUCACGGCCGCCGCCGCCGCAAACUUUGGCUUCUCGUGGGAGCGCGCGGAGAGGGCGGGCGGCGCGGGCGCACCGGGGCCGGCGACUCGCGGCGGCUCCGCCCUCCCCGCGCCGGCCUCGGCCCGGCUCGGCCCGCAGCCGUUCGGAGUCAGGUCCCGGGCUGAGCAGUCUCGCAAACAGGCAAAGUGGGAAAAAGCAGAGCGCUGACAGGCCCCGCCCCCGGGCCGCGCGCCCCGCCCCACCGCUGCUUUGCAUGAGAAAGCGCAGCGCCCGGCCCCCAGAUCUUGCCACCGCCCCGGCCCCCGGCCCCGCGUCGCCGCCCUCUGGUGCGUCCAGCCCGCUGCUCCUUCGCCUUCUGCGCCAGCCUCCAACUUGGCCUCCCGUCGCCUCCCCGCCUGCGCUCCCUUUCUCGGGGCGCCCCCGGCCUCGUCCCCCGCAGCCCAAGGGCGCCGGGGUUACUGGAAGUUCGGAGACUGGCCGGAGGAAGGGGUGGGCUGGUCCAAGUCAGGCUAGGGGCUUAUCUCCCCUGAUUUUUAUGAGACGGGCAAGAGCGACACACACACUGAAAGAGGGGACAAAGCCCGCCUUCCAUGGAUUCUUUAGGGUCACAAACAGUGAAGAAAAAGUGGAGGAAACACCACGUGGGAGGUUCCUGGGUUGAUUUACCCCUGUCUUCAGCUGUGUGACCUCAGCCAGGAAUAAGCAGCUGACAAGUUGGAAGCAACGAUGGGGAUGGGCCUGGCUACACAGCUGCGGAGUCCCUUCCUCCCCCUGGAAUCACCUUCAGCUGCCGCAGAUCUCUUUCCAGGACGGCUGCUUCUCCUUUCCCUCCAGCCUAGAUCUGAAACUCAUGAUGAAUUUCUGCUGCUUUCAGAAACAGUUCAAGUUUCCCUUGUAUUUCACGGCAAGAAAAGAAACUCAUUCAGAUCACCUGCUCUGCUCUGCUCGUUGUAAAUGACAAUUCAAAUGCAAAAUCCCAUUUUUCUCUAAGGUCCAGAAUAGGGUAGAGAAGAUAGUUUUUCUGUCCCUGCAUACAUUUCAAACCCCCCCCCCUUUUUUUU